AUGCCGAGGAGCGUCUCUGUAAGGCCACCAGCUAGAACCGAUUUCGUUCGUGAGGUCGCCAGAAGCUGCAGCCGACGCCUACUAAGAACCCUCAUCAACGAAUGCCACAUUCGUCUGCGGAAAUACGGCAAGGAAAUCGAAAGGGCGAAAACAGCAUGUGCAUCAUAUCUGGAGACGGAAACACUGCGAAACCUGGAGAGCUGGAUCUUGAUUAAAGUGAACGAGGAGCGAAAUAAGAAAAAGACCCAACUCCUAAACAAAAUGUGUACUCUAAGACACGCACAAUCAACGGCACCCGGACCGUCAUCCGUCCACAACCUGUCAUCCAAACAGCUGACAGAGGACCAAGUUAAAGUUCUUCAACAUGAAUCCAGUUACAACACAGGAGACGCACAGCCAGUGGACUUCAUUGCUGCACUAGAAGCGACACUCUCAAAAACUGAUACCACGGAGGACUCAAAGAACGCGAUUCGCCAACGAGUCGCGUCCCUCAUCAUGUCCCACAGACCUCGCCGAACCAUCCCGCCGGCAGAGGUAAAGGCCAUCAAGGAACUAAAGAGGGACGAAUAA